ACGGCAACAAAUUAAAAAGAACGACGCGUAGUCUACGUCGGAUUAUAAGGAACGGCAUAAGAAGUCCAAGUCAUCUCUCCCUCUCUCUCUCUCUACAGAUUCUUCUUCAUUCUUCUUCUUCACGCGGUAUUCUUUUUACCAACUCAACACACAAACCCCUUAAAACCGAUCAGAUCAAUCAAAACGAACGGAUCAUAAUCCAAUCCAAUCCCAAAAUUCCCCGUUGAUUUGUUUUUUUUUUUCUGUUUCCAUUUCUCUCCAGUCUCUACUCGACACUGUUUGUAUUGAAAAAAAACCCCUAAGUAAGAGUUGGGUGUGAUGUUGCGAGCUUUAGCACGGCCUCUCGAACGGUGUUUGGGAAGCAGAGCCAGUGGUGAUGGUUUACUCUGGCAAUCGGAAUUGAGACCUCAUGCCGGUGGUGAUUAUUCGAUUGCGGUGGUUCAAGCCAAUUCCAGGUUGGAAGAUCAGAGCCAGGUCUUCACCUCUUCUUCUGCUACUUACGUCGGCGUAUACGAUGGCCAUGGCGGACCUGAAGCUUCUAGAUUCGUUAACAGACAUCUCUUUCCUUAUAUGCACAAAUUUGCAAGAGAACAUGGGGGAUUAUCUGUAGAUGUUAUUAAAAAAGCUUUUAAAGAAACUGAAGAGGAGUUUUGUCAUAUGGUUAAACGAUCCCUCCCGAUGAAACCGCAAAUGGCUACUGUGGGAUCUUGCUGUCUUGUUGGUGCCAUCUCUAACGACACACUCUAUGUUGCCAAUCUUGGGGACUCCAGAGCCGUUCUUGGGAGCGUUGUCCCAGGAGAUGUUAAUGAUAAAAAGGGUGCAGUAGCUGAAAGGUUAUCUACUGAUCAUAAUGUUGCUGUUGAAGAAGUCAGAAAGGAGGUUAAGGCGCUUAACCCCGAUGAUUCACAAAUCGUUAUAUACACUCGCGGAGUUUGGAGGAUCAAAGGCAUAAUUCAGGUAUCGAGAUCAAUUGGGGAUGUAUAUUUGAAAAAGCCGGAGUUUUACAGGGAUCCGAUAUUCCAGCAACAUGGAAAUCCCAUUCCUUUGAGGAGACCAGCGAUGACAGCCGAACCCUCCAUUAUAGUAAGGAAGCUGAAGCCACAGGACUUGUUUCUGAUAUUUGCAUCAGAUGGUCUCUGGGAACAUCUUAGUGAUGAAGCAGCAGUAGAAAUCGUCCUUAAACACCCAAGAAGUGGGAUUGCACGAAGACUUGUUAGAGCAGCUCUCGAAGAAGCAGCAAAGAAGAGAGAAAUGAGAUAUGGAGACAUAAAGAAGAUCGCCAGAGGAAUUCGACGACACUUCCAUGAUGACAUAAGCGUCAUUGUUGUUUACCUCGACCAGAACAAAUCUUCUUCAUCAAAUAGUAAAUUGGUUCAGCAAGGAGGCAUCACAGCUCCACCAGAUAUCUACUCGUUACACGCUGAUGAAGCAGAACAACGACGGUUACUCAAUGUGUUAUACUGACUCUUUUGAUUAUGGUAAAAUGGUUGCUUGGGAAAAGAUCCUAAUAGGGAGAAAACUUGUUUACAUAUUUGUUUAUUUGUUUUUCUUUAAGAAGAUUUUUUUUUUUUUUUAUAAUACUGUGGAAGUUGGAUUUGUAUAUUCUUUUACCAGCAAAGAAGAACGAAAACCCUUUUCUUUUUGGGCAGAGCAGUUUUGGUUUUGACAAACAAUACUUUUGUAAGAA